UUAAAACCGCUUCCUCUCUUCUUCACGUCACCUCCUCCUCCUCCUCAUUUUUCUCUUCCGUCUCUCUCCUUCUCUCUCUAUUUCUCUCUUUGGGCGUUUUGGGGGAAGGGAGAGCCGGCGAUCGCCGACGAAGACCGUGGGGGAGGCGUGGAUGACGCUGAUGCGCCGGAUCUCGGGCAGAGGAGGGGCUUCGGUUGCCGUAUUUGGUUUCAGUUCGAAGAUUGGCUUUCGCCCUGAUAAGUUUUCGUGAUUUUUUUGGAGUUUAUCCCCCAGAUAAAAUCCUUCAAGGGUCAGAGUACUUUCUAUCUUUUUCUCUUUUAUACUUGACUUGAUUUUUAUUUUAUUUUAUUUGGCUCUGUAGAAGAACAGGGGGAGAAAAGGAGGGUUUUGUCUUGUUUGGUACGAUUACUGGUUUCUUUCGGCGUAUAUUUUCUUCUUGAUUUCGUUUAUCGGGGAAUUUUUUGAUAGUUAAAUCGAGAUUAUCUUGUUUUAUGUGAUUUGAGGGGAUUUCGGUGGUUGUUUUGAUAGAAGUUUUGAUAGAAAAAGGAUGCUUUGAUUCAUUUGGGGAGGAAAGUUUGGCCUUUUAUUGCGGGAUUGCGUUCGAUUGGGUGCUGAUUUUGAUUCUUGUUUCGUCAGAUUUAAAAACAUCGCUUUUGUUCCAGAGUUUUUUUUUUGGGGGUCGAAAUUGAUUAUAAAGGGGGAUUUGUGGCGUGGCUGGGCAAAGGAGAGGUUUUUUUCUGAGGAAAAAUGGACGUGGCUUUUACCCGUGUUUCUUACUGGCUUUGGGGCGGAAAAGAUCACGAAUCCCAGAAUAAUUCUUCUCUGAGUUCUUCUCCGGAUUUCCCAUCGGGGUUUAGGGAGCCGGAUUCCUUGAAAUUCCCUUCUGUUAACGGGCCUAAGAUGCGGUCAUCGUCGAGAAGAAGUAAGAAGAAGUGGCAUAGCCGGGAAGAGAGGAGGAUUGACAGGGAGUACGAUAUUGUUCUCGUCCCCUCGGAUGGGGGAUGCAUGUCGGGUUCUGAAUCGGAUGAUUCGGAUUGGUCGAUUGGAUGGUUGGAACCCCAUGCCACUGACUUCCAGAGUGAGAACGAAACAGAGAGCAGCUUUGCUGUCCUGGUCCGGUGCUAUGGACGUGGUCGCUGCGAGCAGCCGGAGAGGUUGAAGACUCAUAUCCUGGGUGAGGGUGACCUUAUGGAUGGUAAUCUUUCUGAUGGGAAGAAUUCCAUAGAACAGUGGUUUUCUUCUCUUCAGAACUCCUGAUCUCAUAAACAAACUACUUGUCAGCUUGGCCUUCUAUAGAUGCGUUCUUUAUCUUUCAAAUAUCCUGGGCUCUUACUACACUAAAAAAAAGGGGAAAAGAUGAAAAAAUAAAAAAAAAUGGAUAAGAGAAGGAAAAAACAAACAGAGACAGAGAGAGAUGGGGUGUUUGAAAUUCCAGCUGGAUUAUUAUUGUGAAGAUACUGAAGCGAACUGCUUGGUGGAUAAGCAUUGAAAGUUCUGCACAUUUUGAUUGGGGAUUCUUGAAGUCACUAAUUGGUUAUAUUGUUUAACCCCCUCGUCUUCUGCCUCCCAUGAGGGAUUUGUCUCAUUUUGGGUAUGUACAUAUAUGCAUAUAUAAUUCUUCUGUAAAUAUCACUGUAAAUAAGGAACCAUCCUUGACCAAAUUUUGCUGUAAAUAGUUUGUUUUAGAAAGGUCAAGCAUCCAGCACCCUGUGAGGCAGGUUUCUCUGUUUAAUGCUACAUACUUUUAUAUAAUAUACUGUUAUUCUUGUUAAA